AUGGCACCUCCACCCGCACGGCGCAACCUGCGCAAAGAUGUCGUCGCUUCCCACUUCGACUACAAGAAGGCGAAGCCCAUCGUGCUCAAUGAGACGGGACGACCGCCGCCGCCGAAUAGCACCAUGGCCCCCAACAUCCGCUCCAUCUCGUGGUCUCCCACCGGCAGCAUGGUCGCUCACAAUGUGCACAACAACAUCCGCGUGUGGAAUCCCGACCGAGCAGACGUGAGAGCGACAACCGCAUUGCAGGAUGGCCCGAAGCCCGGCGCACACGGUAACACUAUUGAGAAGCUGGCCUUCAGUCCGCGCAUGGAAAGUCUGCUGGCGAGCACAGGCCAAGACGGUUUUGUCAAAUUCUGGGACGUCAGGCUACCGGGAAAGAGCGGAGAAUACAAGACUGGCGAGCAGACCUUAUUCCUCACUUGGCACCCCAGCGGCACAGAAUUGUUAGUGGGCACGAGAAACGAUGUCAUCACUGCGCUGGAUGUGCGCAAAGCAGACACGCCCAUGAUCCUCGAGCCCAACGCCAAUGCCCCUUCCACGAGCAACCUCCCUGGAUACGAUGCAACUCCCACCGAUCGCUCUCCCACCAAAGACAAGGGCGCCUUCUAUCAGAUGGCUUUCACAAACUCUGGCUCCCACAUUCUCGCAGCAACGACGGAAGGUCCCGUCAAAGUCCUCUCUUACCCGUCUAUGCAGCCCAUUCAUCAUCUAGUUGCUCACAGCGGCUCGACUUACUCGGUCCAGCAAAGCCCAACGGGUAACCACAUUGCAGUGGGCGGCACAGAUGGCCUUAUCACCCUCUGGAACACCAAUACUUGGCUCGUCGAUCACACCCUCAUGGAAGCCGCGGGAGCUGUGAGAGACUUGAGUUUUAGUUACGAUGGCGCCUACCUGACUGCUGGGGGUGGCCUCGAUCCUCUGAAGGACAACGAGAAGGGUCUCAGCAUCUGGCAUGUGGAAACAGGAGAGGAGGUCGUCAAAUUAGAGACGACCAAUGCUGUGACAUGGGCUGCUUGGCAUCCGCUCAGACAUGCCGUCGCAUAUUCGGGUGACCCAGGUGGCCUGAAGAUUGUAGGCGGCUUGACC